AGGUUGCCCAUGCAUGCAGGUUUUUCAUGUGUGGCAUCACAUCUCUGUGGUGUUGGCCUGUGUACUGUCCUGCAGUCUGUUAAGACAGCAAACCAGGAAGGGACGUUUCUGCACACCUCUUGAGUUUCUUCAAAGAGCUGCAGAGAGACACAAGGGAGGAGGAGGAGGGGGAGAUCGGAGAAGGGGGCUGGAGAGGCGAAAUCAUCCCAUCCUCCUCUUGUGAGCCAGGCACUGCUGCUUGGAUCAGUUUCCUUCUGCACUCAGAUGUAACUGGAUAAAAUGCUCAAGUUCUUCUCCACGCGGGAUGACGAGAAUGAAAGCCUUUUGGGAGCAAUAACUGAGGAUGAAGGAGACAAUCCGUCUCUCCGGGACACCAAGCCACACUGGCUGAACCGACCCUGCCUGCUGGUGCUCAAAGAUGGAGACGUGGCCAAACCAGGGCUGGGAUGUGGACAGCAGUCCCCUUCAAAGACUCCGUCAGAUGCAUCAGUGAGAAGAAGCAGCUUUGGGCCAUGCAAUCAGAAACCAUCAGAUCAUCCUGCCAAGACUGCUUCUCCCUCCCAGCUGGAGGAAGGCAGCUGCACUGUGACCUCCAUCUCCACAUGGGGUGAAAGCUGUUUUGGGGAGUCUUCCAGCCCCCUGGUGCUGAGCCCGGCUGAGGCCGCAUGGCCAGAGGAAGAAGAGGAGGAGGAGGGGAGAAAACCAAAGGCUCUCCCGUCAAAGGAGGACUCUGUGAUUGAGGAGAAGGAGCUGGAAGAGAGCAGGCUGGAGCAGCAGGAGCAGUCAAGCAGUCCUUCAGAGGCGACGGCAGCACCCUCUGCUCUCUCACAGGAGGAGACACAAGGCAGGAGGUCCAAGAUGCUUAAACCGAACGGAGGAGAUGAGACAGGGAGCAAGAGUGGUGAUGAAGGGGCAACAGCAGACUGUGCAGCCUCUCCUGUGGAUCCUGACAACGAAUCUCAGCUGAGCCCUGUAGGUAUUCUGUCCAAAGAUCGAGGCUCCAUGCUGGGGGAGGUGGCUCCUGUGUGGAUCCCUGAUGCUCAGGCACAGGUCUGCAUGAAGUGUGGGGUCAAGUUUACGUUUACCAAGAGGAGGCACCACUGCCGCGCAUGUGGGAAGGUUUUCUGUGCAGUUUGCUCCAACCUGAAGUUCAGACUCUCACAUCUGGAUGGAAAGGAGGGACGAGUUUGUGUUUCCUGUCAUUCAACUCUUGUCAAAUAUACACCUCCAAGGGGGAAAAGGAGGGUAUGGUUUGCAGAUGAAAUCCUUCCCAGUCAACAGUCAGAGUCUGCUCCAACCACACCCACCAGAGGGCCGACGUUUUCCCCUCUGAUGAGACGGGCGCUGGGUGGGCCAAUUAGAAGUCCUACAGCUUCACCACAGCUUAGGAGACCCUUAAGACCACGUGGGACAAAUAUCAAUGAGGCCUGUGGUCCAUACGGCUGGGGCACCACAGCUUUAGUGAGCAGCUCUGUCAACCUCAUCCCCCUAAACGGCCUGCCGCCAAUCCUCACCUCCACAGGAGUUAAAGGAGAUUACACUGUGGAGGAGCAGCCCUCUGAGAUGUUGCUCAUUCAGGAGCUGGAGAGCGGCAGGCCAAAGCCCCUGGUGUUUGUCCUUAACGCCAAUCUUCUGGCUAUGGUCAAGCUGGUCAAUUAUGUUAACAGGAAGUGCUGGUGCGUGACAACAAAGGGGAUGCAUGCUGUGGGCCAGGUGGAGGUGGUGGUGCUGCUACAAUGUUUACCUGAAGAGAAAAGCUUCCCCAAAGACAUUUUCAGCCACUUCAUCCAGCUGUACAGGGACACCCUCACAGGAAAAGUUGUGAAACACCUGUCGCUGUCCUUGCUUGGAAGCAGUUUCCUGGGCAGUCAGGAGCAUGCAGGUUUCCUGUACGUUCGCUCAACUCUGCAGUCCCUCCAGGGUCUACCUCUGCCAAACCAGCCCUACCUCUUUGGCCUGCUGGUUCACAGGGCAGAGGUGGCCUGGGCCAAAGCCUUUCCUUUACGUCUUAUGCUGAGAUUGGGUGCUGAAUAUAGAUUUUACCCAUGUCCCCUGUACAGUGUGCGCUUUAGGAAGCCCUUGUUUGGUGAAAUAGGCCACACCAUCAUGAGACUGCUAGUGGACUUUAGAAAUUACCGUUACAGCCUGCCAAUGGUGCCGGGGCUCACUGUGGAUCUGGAGGCUCAGAGGACUUGCAUAAAGAUACCAACCACUGGGUAUAAUGAGCUUAUGAGGGCUUUGAAUAAGUCCAAUGAGCAUGUGCUGGCCAUCGGGGCAUGCUUCAAUGAGACUGCAGACUCCCACCUCAUCUGUGUGCAAGGAGACGAUGGCCAGUACCAGACCCAAGCCAUCAGCAUCCACAAUCAGCCACGCAAAGUGACUGGAUCAUGCUUUUUUAUAUUCAGUAGUGCACUCAAAGCAUCUGCAGGAUACCUCGCCAAGUCCAGUAUUGUUGAAGAUGGGCUCAUGGUUCAGAUCACCGUGGAAACCAUGGCGGAGCUCCGGCGGUCACUGCGGGAGAUGAAAGACUACACUGUCACCUGUGGGCGGCUUGACCAAUCAGACAGCCAGGAGCUUGUUUGUGUGCAGUGGAUGGAGGAGAAAUGCACUGUGAACAAGGGAGUUAUAAGCCCCAUUGAUGGUAAAUCAAUGGAGUCCAUCAGUAGUAUAAAGAUGUUUCAGAAGUCUGAGUACAAAGAAAAUGGAAAGAUCAUCCGCUGGACAGAAGUGUUCUUCCUGCAGAAGGGGAAUCACCCCAAAGGAGGAGUCACCGACUCUGCAGAGUACAACCGAUUAACAGAGCGGAUCGCCCGGGCAUUUUGCUUGGCACUGUGUCCACAUCUUAAACUGCUAAAAGAGGAUGGGAUGGCGAAGCUGGGGCUGCGUGUGGCUUUUGAAUCUCAAGAGGUGGGAUUUGUGGCUGGCAGCAAUGGACAGCCCCUUCCAGCUCAGUACCUCAACGCCCUGGAUAGCGUGCUAAUCCCUGUCAUACACAGCAGGGGGCGCAAGAGAGGUGACGAGCCCAUAGUCAUGGAGCUCAUCUUUUACAUCCUGGAGAACAUCACUUAGAGUGCUAAACUUCCAAUAUUAUCUCUUUAACCCUGACCACAACUCUGUCUUUAGCACUUCUCAUCAGUGCUGCCAUCAGUUUCAGGGCAAUAAAAGCAUCAAAGGGCGAACCAGACCACAUCCAAGGUCUGCAUCCAUCUCAGCCACUCACUAAUAGAGCACUGACUCUUAGUGGUUUUCUGAUCUCACGCUGCCACGCAGCAGACAAUCUGGGUUUCGCAUGCCACCUAGGACACAACAUCAGAUAAGGGUCCUGCACUGUACAGUAGUAGCAACUUUGUAGCUUCAUAUCAUUCAUUGUGCAAUACAAAUCCCCAUAAACAGAUAACCUUUAAAAAGGGUGCUGAAUUCAGCCCCACAACCUUAAUGCAAAGAGGAAAGAGAGUAACUUGAAGUCCUGUACGUAGUAGAUCUGUAGCAGUUUGAUGCACACUGAAUGAAUGCUUAAAGAAUGUUUUCAUACUGGAUCUAUUUUAAAUGAUUGCUCAUGAAAUGUUAUGUCAGCCUGGAAUUAAACAUGCAACAAUGAA